CUCUUUUGGAUUAUUUUUCAGUUUUUGGAUCAGCAGAUUUCAGAAGAACUUAUUCCGGACUUAAAUAAGAUUUCUGAGAAAUCAGAUCCUACUGAACUGGGGAGACUUAUGCAGCUUAUUUUAGGCUGUGCGGUCAACUGUGAAAGGAAACAAGAACACAUACAAAAUAUCAUGACCCUUGAAGAGUCUGUUCAACAUGUCGUCAUGACAGCCAUCCAAGAACUCAUGAGCAAGGAAGCGAUGGCUCCUUCUGCAAGUGAUGCACCAAGUGAAAUGGAACAACAGCUUAAAAAAGCUUUGGAGGAUCUUCAAGAUGCAAUAGCAGAAAAAGAAGAGUUGGCUCAAAGAUGUCAAGAGCUAGAUUUACAGGUGGCUGCCCUUCAGGAUGAAAAGAACAGCUUGGUGUCAGAAAAUGAGAUUCUGAAUGACAGGCUGGAGCAAUUAGAUGACUCUCUUGAUGAUCCAAAUACUGUGGUAGCAAAGAAGUAUUUUCAUGCGCAGUUGCAGCUAGAACAACUGCAGGAAGAAAACUUCAGGCUUGAAGCUGCCAAAGAUGAUUAUCGUGUCCAUUGCGAAGAUCUGGAAAAACAAUUGAUUGAACUACAACAUAGAAACAAUGAACUAACCUCUUUGGCUGAAGAAUCUAGAGCCUUGAAAGAUGAAAAUGACAUUCUGAGAGCUACCGCAGACAAAGCAAGUAAGCUGGAGUCAACUGUUGAAGUGUAUCGCAAAAAGCUGCAGGAUCUGAACGACUUCCGAAGACAAGUCAAAUCUCUGCAGGAAACUAACAUGAUGUACAUGCACAAUACAGUCAGUUUGGAAGAUGAACUGAGGAAAGCCAAUGCAGCCCGUGCCCAAUUAGAAACCUACAAAAGACAGGUCCAGGAGCUUCAUAACAAGCUGUCUGAAGAAUCUAAAAGAGCUGAUAAGUUAGCAUUUGAAAUGAAACGACUUGAAGAAAAACAUGAAGCAUUGGUCAAAGAAAAAGAGAGACUGAUAGUACAGUGUGAUGCAUUGAAAGAGACUAAUGAAGAGCUCCGGUAUUCACAGAUGCAGCAGGACCAUCUGAGUCGAACAGAUGCAUCUCGUAUUAAAAGUCACGAUAAUCUUGCUGCUGAGCUUUUGCCAGUGGAAUAUAGAGAAAUGUUUAUUCAGCUUCAGCAUGAAAAUAAGAUGCUUCUAUUGCAACAGGAAGGAUCAGAAAAUGAACGUAUUACGGAGCUCCAGAAACAGCUGGAGCAAAAGCAGUGGACAGUAAAUGAACUAGAAACUGAAAAAAGGCUAAACAAGGAACGUAUUGGAGAGUUACAACAGCAGAUUGAAGAUCUGCAAAGGACUUUACAGGAGCAAGGUUCUAAGACAGAAGGAUCUAGCAACCUGAAGCAGAAAUUGGCAGCACAUAUGGAAAAAUUGAGUGAAGUUCAUGAUGAGUUACAGAAGAAAGAGGCUGCUCUUGCAGAACUACAGCCUGAUGUUAGUCAGAACCCCCAGAAGAUUGGGGAGCUGGAAGCAGCAUUACGAAAAAAAGAUGAGGACAUGAAAGCGAUGGAAGAAAGAUAUAAAAUGUACCUUGAGAAAGCAAGAAAUGUGAUAAAAACCUUGGAUCCCAAGCUGAAUCCAGCAUCCGCAGAAAUCAUGUUGCUUAGAAAACAGAUAACAGAGAGAGACAAAAAAAUUGAAGCACUGGAGGCUGAAUACAAACUCGCUAAGUUGCGUGAUUAUGAGGAAAAUUUAAUUGUAACUGCAUGGUACAACAAGAGCCUAACACUCCAGAAAUUAGGUAUGGAAGCUAGACUGCUUGGCAGUGAUGGUGCCUGCAGGGAUGGCCCAGGACGUUCCUUCCUAGCUCAACAGCGCCAUGUCACCAAUACUAGAAGGAAUCUUCCUGUUAAAGUACCAAGUGCAACAUCUGAUUGAACCACAAAAACAGUGAGGGAAGCUUACAUGCUUAAGUGUCCUUAAAUGUUUUAUACCUUCCACUUCAAAUAUUUGGUGAAAGAUGAUGUUACAGUGGUGGGCAUCUGUGAAUUCAGCAUCAGAAUUUAUCAAGAACUUAGCUUGAUUAACUUGAUCAGUGGUAUCUAGAAGGUAGCACAAUAGGAGUAGAUUUAAUAACUACAGUAUGUAUUUACAAGCACAACUUAAGAUUUAUAUUUGCCUUGAAGAUAUAUUGUAAAUAUAAAAAUUGGCACUAUAUAUUUAAAACUAAUCAAUUUAUUUGGACUAGAGACUUGACUUUUGUAAUAGGAAGACGUUAUGCAAAAAUUUACUUCAGGAAACUGGCAAUAUUUGACAUUUUUGCUGGCCUCUUCUAAAAUGAAGUUGAAAAAAUUGGUAACAUGCUUUAGAAAUACUUCUUAUAUAAUAUAAUAUAAAAUGCAAUUUUAGAAGCAAGAAAAUAUUUGCGUUUAUUUAAAAAUAAAAUUUUAAAAUUGUAUUACUAGUUGACCUGUAUGACAGGAGACAGGCUUUGUCAUCUCAAGUCAGAGACACAAUUAUGCAGUCUAUUUAAGUAAAGGUCAAGUUAGUGCUUAUAUACACUAAGGAAAUCCUACCUUGAAGAUGUUGAAUUCACCAAAGCCAAAUAAGCUUUUGUUUUAGAAAAAAAAGAAGAGCAUUGUAUUAACUCAAGUCUAGGCUGUGUUUUAAAAGUCUGGAGUACCUGUGCACUGCAUUUGUGAGACAUGUGGGGGGAUGAGGGGACAAGGCUGCAGGUGGUGAUGGUGUAGGAAGAAACCUUUAUUUCCAGCUAUUUAUACAACCUUAGGAAUAGAAAUUAUUUUUCUUCAUUUUUAAAUGUAGUUUCACUGCAAUUAUUCUGAACUAACUGUGCUAUGCAGGUGAGUGAAACGCUGCUUUGCAAAUCCUUGGCAGCAAAGACUGAGGGAGAAAAGUCAUGGAUUGAUAUGGACACUUGAGGGGGGAAUUGCUACCUUUCUCCAAACGUGUGUCCCUUUAUUGAAAAAGUGUUCUAUUUUUUGUGAACCGUAUUUUUAAGAAAUUUAUGUCCAUCCUUUUUUGCAAACUGUCCAGAACAAACUCAUUGUAGCUGGUUAAAUGACAUAAAGUAAUAGCAGUCCUUUAAAUGAAUACACUUAACAGUGUGUAAAUGAGGUUGCUGCACCUGUCUGUAAUCUAUUAUAAAUCUCAUCACUGAAAACAUAUAGUACCUUCAUCACUAAGGCCAUCUUUUAUUUGAGAGCUGGGUUCAGCUUUGCUUUGCAGAAUUGAAGUUUCUACUUUGAGAAUGGUUUGAAUUGUGAAUUUUGAGUAGUCUUGCAUUUUGUAUGCCUCUCAGUAUGGCUUGUUCUUUAAUUUUUCCCUUCCCAAUCUUCCUUCCCUUCUGCCUUCUUGGGCAUUGUAUGCAAUGAUAGAGAAAAGGAAACUUCUCAUUUUUAAUACUUAGUAAGCAUUGCUUCUUAAUAGCAUUGAUGGCUUACAGUCUUAUACACCUAAGCAUUGCAUAAAGAUUUCCUCUUGUGAAACGUACAUCUAUACAAGGUAUUAAUUUAAAAGCCAGAUUCAUCUGAAAGGUGGGGUUAUAUGAGCAAAGAACAUUCCAACAAACUGCUUUUGAACAGUUGUGUCUGUCAGUUUGUGUUCUUCGGGACUCUAUGCUUCUUUGACUACCUCUUGAGUUUUGAAGUCUUUGACUGCGGUAGCGAUGGUUUUGUUUCUUGUAUUCUUAAGAUACAAUUGUGUGUUUAAUCUGUUAGUGGUGUGGGAGAUGGUGGUGACCAGUAGAACAUGAGAGUAAGCCGUAGCAGGAUGCUUACAUUUCUUAAAGCCUGGUACUUCAGUGUGUUCUGGUGAAAUAUGAACCUGUUGUUGAUGGUGUUGAAUGAGUCUCUUAGCUUUUGUUCUUUACAGCAUGAAAACUUUGAUGGACAUCCUUCAAGUACUCAUCUAGUUAAUAGGCUUGGUACACGCGGUUUUUCUCACGGUAGUAGAGCUGUGUCAGUAGUCGUAUCGGGUGCUGAAUAGUGAAAACCUUGGAGCAAAUAUCUCUAUAUACUUCUCAAAACUGCAGAUCCUGGGACCAAAAAAUGACCGAGAACCUCCUUAUUAUUUAAUUAGAAGCUUAUCUUCUAAGCAGAAAUGAAAAAUUUAAAUACCUAGUUACGGAUGGGAAUAAGCCUUUUUCAGAGUAGGAGUGGUCUCCAGUAAACUAUUGAGGAUGCAAAACUUUAAAAUGUUCAGGUAUGUAGAGAAAAUUUUACUUCCUUGGCUUUUUUCCAAACUGUUAAAACUUAAAUGGGUAAAUCUUAUUUAGUGUUUCCUUAGAAUUUUGGGAACCUGCAGAAUAGUGACUGUUAUGGGUUAUGCUCUGUGAAUGAGGAAGUGAUGCAUGGAAAUAAUUAUUUGAAUCUAAGCCAUACUGUCGUAUUCACUUCACCUCAUCUGGAUGUGCAAAAAGGGAUAAAAGUAUUGUUAACAUCGUUAACAUCAAACAAAAGCUACGAGUAAAACUGCUGUGUUGUAGCAACGUUUCACAUGCCACAUAACAGCAGAACAACAUCAAUCCAGUGCUCCUUGAUGCAGUGUGCAUUUCCAGAUUUCACAGUUAGGAACAGAUUUGUGUGAGGUGACAUUGGAUACUGCUGAAUUUCAUCAGCACUAUUAGUAAUUCUGGUUGGUUUCUGGUAAAACGGGUAGUAUGAAUCCCAAGAAGCAAAAAUAAGUUACAUAUCAUUUAACUCAUAAAUUUUUUUUUAUAUAAGAUCUAAGAAAAUAACCACAAUGGAAGAGAAGUGUUUUGUAGCAAUAAUACAAAUUUAGGGCUAUUAGGUUCUUUUACUCAAGGUGGGUCAGGCAGCAGUUUUGAGAAGAUGAUUUUUAGUAUAACUGUAUUGUAGUGGAUUAAGAAACAGUCACUAAAAAUAAAUUUUUCACCCGUUUUUCUUCAUGAAAUAUAUAUGUAUAUAGGUAUUCUAUUUUCUACAAUAUACACUUACUUGAAAGUAAAAAAAUAUAAGCAAUACCAAUGUUUUAAGUAGCCAUAGUCUAGAAAUUAGAAAAUAAUUGUUUGAGUUGAUAAUGUCUAGUAAAAUAAUUUUCUUAAGGCUUCCUUGCCUUUUUCCUUUUCCCCCACUAGUCCAGCUAGAGGUAAGAUUUCAUAUUGUAUCAGUGUCUACAUUGUCAGUUGAAAACAAAUGUAAACACUGUAUUGCAUAGAACUUGAAAAGUUGCACUAAUUUUUAAACUUCUUUUUGUUUUAUUUCUUUGGAAAUUAUUCUUUUAUAUUCACAUAAAGCUUUUUAAAAUGAA